AUGUCCGUGAACGCACAGAGUGUAAGCCAAGUGCUGAGCAGUGCAGACGAAAGUGUAUCGAUUAGAGGAGAAACAUUGACGAUUCGUCGUGUCUACAUGUGGGCAAAUAACAUGCCUGGUCUCAACUCUAAUCCCCAAUCAUCUGGUCACAAUAUCACCGUCCACAUCCGACGGCAGAGCGAGAGUGCCCUCACAGAUGACGCACCCAAAGUCCUCAAGCUGCACGUUGUCCAAACGAGUUCUCUCAACGAUCUUACAUCAUUUGCAUCCAAUCUGGAUUCUACGCGUUACUUUAGCUGGGAUGGACCGCAGCUGCAGGGUUUAACAGCCCAGGAAUCCCUGGAUGAGUCUGCGGCCAUUGAGCACAAGUUUGUCCUUACCAGACCACGAGGAUGGAGAGGAUUUGAUGAUGAGAUUGAAAUCCAGGCGUGGAAGGGGCCUACAUGGGCUGGGGGCCGCGAUUUUGUCGCGUUGGUCGAGUUUGAAGCCCCGAUCAACGGCACUACUAUCCUUGGCCGUACCGAAGCCGCAGCUUGA